UUCCCCAGUCCAAUAUUCUCCAGCCCCCACACUAUCCUGGUCCCCUUCAGAUGGUGUCGUUGCAAGAGGGGAGCGGAUCCGUUUGAACUGCUCGCUCCCGGAAGGACAGAGGACGGAGUUGUACACAUUCCAUUCAUUAAAAGGAGAUGGUGGACAGACUGAAUUAGCACGGCAGGUGCAGAGUGUCUUGGAGGUGCCCACGUUACGUCUGAAGCCAAAGGAAAUGUUCGUGUGCUACUACUGGGGGAAAAGCAAUGACGGCAGAAGAUCCUUUUCUCAAAGGAGUAACCAGGCUGUGUUUCGUAUCACUGACCUUCCUCCACCUCCCAGCCUCUCUGCAGAUCCUUCAGGACCUCUGUAUCAUCAAGGAGAGAUGGUGACCCUCCAGUGCUCGGCUCCCAGGGACGCUCCAGGGAUGCGGUUCAAGUUUUUCCAUCUCACAGCAGAACAGAUCCCUGUCAGAAUGCCUUCACAAAUGAGUUCCGGGCUGUCCUUCACAGUCACAAAGGAGAAUUCUGGAUUAUACAGCUGCCAGUACUCCAAGAACACAGCUAAGGGAAAUACCUUUUCACAGAAGAGCCGUCCUAUCAACAUCUCACUGACAGAUCCCCCUCCUCCUCCAGUGCUGAAAGUGGACCCCCCAUCGGGCAUGGUGAAUGCAGGGGACCCACUGCUCAUCUAUUGUUUGGCCAGCAGGAGCCACACUGAGAAGCAGUUCCACUUCUACAGGGAUGGGGCUGAAAUGCCCCCCACGAGUGAAGCAACUCUGAGAAGCUCCAGCGAGUUCCUAAAUGCCUCCAUCUGCAUCUCAGAGGCCAGGGCCAACCACACAGGGAAGUAUGCUUGCAGUUAUGUGGAAAAACAUAACGUCUUGUGGCUCAGUUCUCCCCGGAGCCUGGCGGUGAAUGUCAGAGUCGGCCUUUCAAGUUCAUCAGAGCCACUGCUGGAGUAUCCACGUUGGGCGCUCCCAUUUAUGAUCCUGCUGGUCCCACUGACUUUCUACUGCAGGAGCAGAGCGAAGACUG